AUGGCCUCCUCUUCAUCGAACGUCGUCGGCGUGCACUACAGAGUUGGGAAGAAGAUUGGCGAGGGUUCCUUUGGUGUCAUUUUUGAGGGAACGAACUUGUUGAACAAUCAACAAGUUGCCAUAAAAUUUGAACCAAGGAAGAGCGAUGCUCCUCAGUUGCGUGAUGAGUACAGGACAUACAAGAUCCUCGUCGGGUGCCCCGGCAUUCCCAACGUGUACUACUUCGGUCAAGAAGGACUGCACAACAUCCUCGUAAUUGACCUAUUGGGGCCAUCGUUAGAGGAUCUGUUCGACCACUGUCAGCGGAAAUUCUCUUUGAAGACCGUCGUUAUGGUGGCAAAGCAGAUGCUCUCUCGCGUUCAAACUAUCCACGAAAAGAACCUCAUCUACCGAGACAUCAAGCCUGACAACUUCCUGAUCGGCAAGAUUGGUAGCAAGGGCGAGAAUGUCGUCCAUGUCGUCGACUUCGGUAUGGCCAAGCAGUAUCGGGAUCCUAAGACAAAGCAACACAUCCCCUACCGAGAGCGCAAAUCCUUAUCUGGUACCGCACGAUAUAUGAGCGUCAACACCCAUCUUGGACGGGAACAGUCGAGGCGUGACGACCUCGAAGCACUCGGCCAUGUGUUCUUUUACUUCCUGCGAGGAUCGCUCCCCUGGCAAGGUCUGAAGGCUGCGACUAACAAGCAGAAAUAUGAGAAGAUUGGGGAGAAGAAGCAGAAAACAGACAUUGAAGAGGACCUCUGUAAACUCUGGGACCAGGAACACAAAGUGGUGAUCGAGCAAUACCCCCCACAAUUUUUCAAGUACCUCGACGAAGUUCGGAAAAUGGGCUUCGAGGACACACCUGACUACGACGCCCUCAGAGGCCUCUUCACCGAAGUGGCUAGAGAGCACAACAUCGACGAGUCGGACAACAAGUAUGAUUGGGAUUUCAUCUUGCAAAGAGGCAACGCAAGGAAGGGCGAGUGGAACCGACCCGGUGCACUGCACAAUCCUGACCAGAGACCAGGUCCUUCCAAUAUGGCCAUCCACGACCACUCGCGGGGUGGCAACACGACGGCUCACAUGUCCGACCCUCGGGCACGCCUGACGAUGGAUCGUUUAAACGCCGCGCAACCGCCGCCUCCCUCGCCGAUCAAACAGAGCCCCAAGGGAGACCGGCGAAACGCCCCAGACCGCUUGAUGAUGCAGAACCGGGCCGGAGUCGGGGGUCUUCGGGACAUGGCAACCCCUACAGGCUCUACUCAGGCCCAGUUCCAGGCCAGCGCCCAGAACCUGCCGAAACCGAUGACCUCGACACAGGCAAUGAACCAGUCCACACCAACAACUCCUGGAAGGCAACCUGAGCCUGCGCAGCCGACAGGCUUCCAGAAAUUCGUGAAGGCUAUCUGCUGUGGCUAG